GUGGAAGGCUUGAAACAAAUUAUCACUACAACUAGGAGCUGGUCAUAAAUUUGUCUUUAAAUUGGAAAGCAGCAACUGUGGCUCAAUGAUAAGAUGGCAUUUUGCAACUUCAUUUGAUGAUGCGCCCAUUGUACCUGCAAAUGUUGUGUAGAUGCUGUAACAUGCUAACCAAAAAAGGACAUUGGAGAAUUGUGUCUUGGACUCAGACUGCAAGCAGAGACGCUAGCCUUGUAGAUUUCGCACUUCUUCUUUGGCCUUCGAGCAGCAUGGCGGAAUGUCCGCCAGAGCAAGAGAACGAAGAGAGCCGGGCAGCCUUGCGGUUUCUGAAAAAAUGUAGAAAGGACAUGCAGCUUUGGAAGCUGUUGGUCAGCAAACCCUUUGUGGCCAAGCGGCUUUGCGACUCCUUAGCCGCUGAGGUGAAGUCUGACCAAGCCUUCGCUGCAGCUGUGGCAGCGAUUGCUCCAAGUUCGCACCCAAAGAAGGUCAAGCGAAGGAAUUCGGAGGCUCCCGCUUCCUUGGGCAGCGCAUGGCCUCCGAAGUCGCGCAGGCGCUUGUGCUACAAGCAAGGCUGCCGAAGUUGGAAAAGUCUCAUUCUUUGCACAGACUUGGUGGGUUUUAUUGGACUUUGUCCUUCGGGCUACUGGAGGAUCGAAGGGAUUGGAUGUUUGAACGUGAAUUUGAUGGCGCACAUCUUGAGCUUCGCAGAUCUUGGGAGCAAGCUGUCAGGCGCUUUGCGUGUGGCGAAGGGCUUCCAUGAGGUCUUGCAAGUCGGUGCUGCGUGGGAUCCGCUGGUCGUGGAUCAACAGCACUGCCGGGGCAUGUUGCACCUCUUGCGAGCCAUGUCGGUGUUUUCUGCGCUGGGUGAGUCUGUGCAGCCUGCGGGCCGCUUCCCUGGAGGAUUCUUUGAGUCCUCCAAGGUGGAGAUCGUGCUGAUGGACCCGGAAAAGCCGCUUCGUGAUCUUGAUAGCGAUACGGAAGAGGAUGAACCACGAGCAAGAAGACCGCUCAAAAUCUUGUGUCCUAUGAGAGAGUUUGGUAGAGGCUGGCAUUUCUUCAAGAGCGUCUCGGAGCUGACCCUGAAAAACAUUGACAGCUUUACCAUGAGCUUUGACUUUGUAAACUUUCGAUGCGUGAGCUUGCAAAAAUUUGGCAUGGUGAAGUGCGAGUAUGCCGGGAACAGGAGGUAUAGCUUGUACGCGCGGAAGAAUGAACCCCCACCUUUGGUUGACUGCUCCCAUGUGGCGACCCUCAACUCGAACCGGAUUCCAAGAUCCGUUCGCAGACUCAGCACGACACUUUCAGAGCGCGAGGCCCUGUUUUUGCUGGAGCACUCGACUGCAUUCAAGAAUGGCAACGACAUGCGCUUCACUCAUGAUCGUUUCAUGAUGGUCACUUCCCACGAGGUCCGCAAGAAGUACAAAGAAGUCGUGAAGCAUCUGAGGGAGCAAUUUGCAGGACGUUUUCCGGGUUUUGAGCAGUUAAGUCAAGCAAAUGCUUCCUGAGAGAAGUAUCUUCGAACCUCACCUGGAAUGAGAGCAAGAGGUGGAGUCUUUUUAAAAGCUGCCACAUCUGUAUCACGGUGAUUGCGCGAGGAUAUCGUUCAACAA